AUGCUGGGCUGGUGUGAAGCGAUAGCCCGUAACCCUCACAGAGUCCCAAACAACACGCGAACUCCCGAGAUCUCAGGGGAUCUGGCUGAGGCCUCACAAACCAACACGCUGAAUGACAAAUCCCCAGGGCGAUCUGCUAGUCGAUCAAGCAACAUUUCAAAAGCAAGCAGUCCAACCACAGGAACAGCUCCCAGAAGCCAGUCGAGGUUGUCUGUCUGUCCGUCUACUCAGGACAUCUGCAGAUCUGCCAUCUUGCAUGACAUGUCUGAAGAUGCAUUUGAGCACUGCACCCCUGUCAUGGUGCUGAGCCCUGCUAGGAAGGAGUCUGGUAGGGAAUCGGUCAAACAGAAGCCCAGGAGGAGGAAGAGAGCCUCUGAGAGAUACGAGCAUGCCGAAGAACACGGAAAAGGGAGAAGAAGUGAUUUGAACCUGCAGAUCUCAAGCCCCAGGUGGAGGGAGCUUUACACCGAUGCGACGGAUUCUUCUUCCGGCGAUGAGAGUCACUGGAUUCAGGCAAAAAGGAGAGCCCAGGUGAAGUUCCGCCUGUCACGAAGAAGGAGGAGAACCAGUAACAAACCAUGUGGGAACCUGGAUGCUUCAUCCUCUCCUCACAAAGUGGAGCUUGUUGACUUGGGAUCCAAAAGUCAAAGACAGCGAGAGCUGAUAGAACGCGAGAGCUGCUCUUUAAAUCUCCGCAGAGGCAAAGUUGUAAGGUACCAGGAAUGCGGUCGUGCCCCGGCUGGGGGACCCUGUGAGAUGAAGAGAUCCUCACAGACCCACGAGGAGAGCAAAGGCAGAUCCCUCCACAGAGACCUGCGGCUCUUGCCUGGUCUUAGGCAAAACGAAACAACCAAGAAAAGGUUUCCAGAAACAGAGCCUAGCGCUGAACUACUGGCAGUGACAGAAGGUGGCAAGUGUGUGGGUGACAGAGGGCUCCCGGUGCACGACUCUCUUCACAAGCCUCCUGCGACCGGUGAUGAUGGGGCUGGUAAUUUAGAAGUGUGCAGGAUCUGUCACUGUGAAGGGGAUGAGGAGAGCCCCCUCAUCACGCCGUGCCGCUGCACGGGGACCCUGCGCUUCGUGCACCAGUCCUGCCUCCACCAGUGGAUCAAGAGCUCAGACACGCGCUGCUGUGAGCUCUGCAAGUAUGACUUCAUAAUGGAGACCAAGCUCAAACCCCUGCGCAAGUGGGAGAAACUGCAGAUGACCACGAGUGAGAGGAGGAAAAUAUUCUGCUCUGUGACGUUCCACGUCAUCGCCAUCACCUGUGUGGUGUGGUCCCUGUAUGUGCUGAUAGACCGCACGGCAGAGGAGAUCAAACAAGGCAAUGACAAUGGUGUCCUUGAAUGGCCAUUUUGGACAAAACUGGUUGUCGUGGCCAUCGGCUUCACGGGAGGCCUCGUCUUCAUGUACGUCCAAUGUAAAGUCUACGUUCAGUUGUGGCGCAGGCUGAAGGCUUACAACCGGGUGAUCUUUGUGCAGAACUGCCCAGACACUGCCAAAAAGCUGGAGAAGAACUUUUCAUGUAAUGUAAACACGGACAUCAAGGACGCCGUGGCAGUGCCUGUGUCACAAACAGGGACAAACGCACUGCCAUCUGCAGAGGGCGGCCCCCCUGAAGUUAUACCGGUCUGACAGAAUGACCGGUCCGGAGUUUCUUACUGCAGGAUCUCUUUCUAGCGCCCAGCCACUACAAGUGACAGAACUGAUCCUGAAUUAUUCACUCCAUUUAUCUCCUCUAUUCAGAGACUGAUUUUUCCUUCUUUGCUCAAAAAGGUAAAGGAGAAAACGUAACAGAUGAUCAGGAUCUCAUGAAGCAGGGCCUAAAAGUAUAAGCAAUGUGACAAGUGUGCUAGAGAGUGACUCCUAAGACAAUUAAGAACCAACCACUGGUGCAAGAAUGCUUUUAGGCAAUGGUCAAGGAUGAAACGGACACAAGACGCUCUUCACGGUAGCAGGGGAAAAGUUCAACAACCCAGACUUGAAUUGCAAUGUGUUUUUCUUCUAGGGCCUUGGAAUGUUAACUGUCCCAUUUGGAAAUAACAUUUCGUUUUAUACCUGAAACUGUCUGCAUUAUUCCUAAGUCACAGUGGAGCAAAGUUGCAGGAUGCACAUUCUGAUUCUUUUGACAGCGAAUGAUUUCAGGGCUGUUGUCAGGUCUGGCUGUUUCUGACAAAUGCAUGAUUUUAAAAUAGAUAGAAUACACAUCUGAAGAUGUUAACACUUUGAUUUUCAGGUAAU